AUGAGCGCCACGACAACUGUCACCGAGACGCCAAGAAUCACGGCGGAGAAUGUCGCGACUCUCUUCCCCGAGGUCGACACGUCGCUCGCUCGUGAGGUGCUCCCGACUGCGACCAGUGCUGCCGCCGCUGGGUCCAGCGACGAUCUGGCCGGCUACGACGAGGAACAAGUUCGUCUGAUGGAUGAGGUGUGCAUUGUGCUGGAUGAGGACGACAAGCCUAUUGGUAGUGCCAGCAAGAAGGCCUGCCAUCUGAUGACGAACAUCGACCGCGGCCUCCUGCACCGCGCCUUCUCGGUCUUCCUCUUCGACUCCAACAACCGCCUGCUCCUGCAACAGCGCGCCACCGAGAAGAUCACAUUCCCGGACAUGUGGACGAACACCUGCUGCUCACACCCGCUGGGCAUCCCCGGCGAGACGGGCUCGGAGCUGGACGCGGCGAUUCUUGGUGUCAAGCGUGCGGCGCAGCGCAAGUUGGAUCAGGAGCUGGGCAUCAAAGCGGAGCAGGUGCCGUUGGACAAGUUCGAGUUCUUCACCCGCAUCCACUACAAGGCGCCCAGCGAUGGCAAGUGGGGCGAGCAUGAGAUCGACUACAUCCUCUUCAUCCAAGCCGACGUCGACCUGAACAUCAACCCUAACGAGAUCCGCGACACCUGCUAUGUCUCGGCCGAGGAGUUGAAGCAGAUGUUCGAGAAGCCCGGCCUCAAGUUCACGCCCUGGUUCAAGCUGAUCUGCAACUCGAUGCUGUUCGAGUGGUGGAGCCACCUCGGCUCGGCGUCGUUGGAGGCCUACAAGAAUGAGAGGGGGAUUCGUCGCAUGUAG